AACUUUUGUACUUAAAAUCCUUACAUUUGUUCUAGGCUUGCCCUUAUGCUGCCUGCGAUGACUCCUAUAUCAGCUAUACUUUGCAUGUCGUAGCAUUUAUCAUUUUGAGGACUAGACAAAUUUGUUUUUCUAAUAAGCUUUAAUUCUAGUAAGGGUGGAGGCGAAUUCAGACAUGACAGUUCAUUCAUAUAGCUGGAAAUCCUAUAACUGAUAUGGUUCGUGAUUAGGAAGAAAAGUUGCUACGGUUAGAUUUGCCCAUGGUAGAAAGCAGAAUUCUGGAUUACAGUAAAUACAUUGUACUCCUACUACAGGAAGUAGUUAUUUUAAGGCGUGGAAAGUUUGUCUUCUAAUCUAUGGGAAUUUGAGUUGUGGUCUUAAAGACAUUUUGAUAAAUAUGCUUAGGAUAAUAAAGCCCUUCAUGGGAUUGGCCUAUCUUGAGGGAUCAUCUCUCACCCUGGUUAUUCCCAGCCCGACCCAUUAGAUCUGGCACAGAAGGCAUGCUCUAGGUACCAUCAGCUAGGGAUCUGCAUUUAGUGGGUGCCAGGAGAAGUGCCUUCUUUAUCAUGGUCAUCCUUACCCCCAGAAUUAGAGGAUCUCCAUCCCUUUUGAGUCGUCAAAACCUGAUUAUGUUAUUGGACACGGAACUCCCAAGGAACUGGAGAUUUGUUUAGGUAGUUUCAUUGUUGAGCUGGCCUAGGGGUUUGUAUACUUGGUUUUUUUACACUCCUUAUUUUGUUUAAUGUAGAUUUCUAUAUUUUUUUAAUCUCUUAUUUUUUUAUAUAUUUUGUUUUUUUUAUCCAUUUGUUGCAUGCCACCCGAAAUCACUUUUGGUGAGAUGGGCCGCUGUACAAAUCAUUGAUUCAAACUGCAUUUAAGUGUGACUUUGUCUGAAAGUGGACAUCUAAAGAAUCUUCAAAUAUUGCUCUAGAUUAGAAUUUGAUUAAAUUGUUGGAUUUUGGGUUCCUGCAAAUAAAGGGCUAAAGUUCUUACAAGAGUGUGCAGGUUUAUGGUAAAAUCAUUUGGUUUCCUCUCCAUGACAGUGUGACUUUCAAGAGCUUGCCACUAUGAAUACAAUUUCAUGGCAUAAUUUGCUCUGACCAAUACAUCUGCUUUCCCUAGGAGAUUUCCUCCCCACCUCCCAAAUAAUUGCACAUGGAAAUAUACUGAUAAGAAGUAGUUGUUGAAAGCAAGAUAAUUAGAAUAGAUGCAAACGUAGGUAGAUCUUUGAUGACUUUGAAGAUUAACUGCACUUUGGCAGGUGUUGUUUACUUGGUGAAUUUAACUCUUUUUUUAACUUCUGAGCAUGGCCCUUUCUUUCUUUUUUCUUUUCCUGUGUAGCUGCCUUUUCCUCCUCUUGAAUUUAUUUAUCAUUUUUUCCAGUUUCUGUUGGAAAGGGACCUAUGUGAAAGUGUGAAUAUUUGUGUGUGUUUUCUGUGAGAGUGAUUAAAUUUCGGGAAUGUUGCAGUUGAUCUGAAAUAUCCACAUUGCCUCUGAAGAAAAGAACAUCCAGGCAACAUUUACAGUUGGAUAUUUUUAACGUUCAUGAGAUUCUCCUAAAACUGCUCUCCUGAUGCCAUGGAUAUUCUGCUUCUUAAAGCACUGGUGUUGGUCUUGGUCAGUUGUUUUACUGGGCUUCUCUACUACCAUCCCAGGCUUUCUUUUAACUGGGAAAGAACAGUUUACAAGAAACCAAAUUUCAUAGUAAUUUUGGCAGAUGAUGUAGGAUGGGGAGAUUUUGGAGCCAACUGGGGCCUAAAAAAAGACACACCUAAUUUGGAUAAGAUAGCCCGGGAAGGAAUGAGAUUUGUAGAUUUCCAUUCAGCUGCAUCUACCUGUUCCCCAUCACGUGCCUCUCUGCUUACAGGACGCCUCGGCCUUCGUAAUGGCGUCACUCACAAUUUUGCUGUGUCUUCAGUGGCAGGCCUUCCAUUGAACGAGACAAUAUUGGCAGAAGUUCUGAAAGAAGCUGGCUACCUCACCGCUAUGAUAGGGAAAUGGCACUUGGGACAUCAUGGCCCUUUCCAUCCCAGCUUUCGUGGUUUUGAUUUUUAUUUUGGAAUACCAUAUAGCCCUGAUAUGGGCUGUACUGACACUCCAGGUUAUAACCUCCCUCCCUGCCCGGCUUGUCCCAGAUGCUCCACAACAGUCAGUAAACAUCAGAAAAACUGCUAUCCUGAAAUUGCACUUCCUCUUUUUGAAAACCUUACGAUUGUCCAACAGCCUGUAAACUUAACUACCUUAGCUGCGAAGUUUACAGAAAAAGUUAUUCAUUUCAUCCAUUAUGCCAGCCAGAAGGGCCUCCCUUUCUUCCUAUAUCUUGCUCUGGCUCAUAUGCAUGUGCCUUUGGUUUUGUCUGAGGCACCUUGGAAUCCAUCUUGCCAAGAUCCCUAUGGAACAUACUUGAAGGAAAUGGAUGCUUUGGUGGGACAGAUAAAGGAUGUAGUUGACAUCACAGCAAAGGAAGAUACAUUCCUCUGGUUUACAGGAGACAAUGGUCCUUGGUCCGAGAAGUGUGACUAUGCAGGAAGUGUUGGUCCAUAUACAGGGAUGUGGCAACGAAAAAAAGGUGGUAGCUCAGCAAAGCAGACAACCUGGGAAGGAGGACACCGUGUUCCCACAGUUGCAUAUUGGCCAGGGAAGAUCCCAGCAAAUGUGACGAGCCCUUUGAUGUUAAGCACUUUAGACAUAUUUCCUACAUUGGUAUCUCUAGCAAAUGCUACCCUUCCUCCCAACAGACGUUUUGAUGGGAUAGAUAUCUCUGAAGUCCUGUUCGGGUACUCAAGCAAAGGACACCAGACAUUAUUCCAUCCCAACAGUGGUGCAGCUGGAAAAUACGGAGAAAUACAGUCCCUUCGGCUGAACCAAUAUAAAGCCUUUUAUCUUACAGGUGGUGCCAAAGCAUGUGAUGGAAGCAUUGGUCAGGAAGUUCACCAUCAGCCACCUCUCAUUUUUAACUUGCAGCGUGAUAUUCAAGAGCAAGAGCCGAUGGACAUUCACAGUGCUGAGUAUCGUUCUGUUUUGCCAUUGGUAAAUAAGGCCCUUAUGGAUAUUCUUCAGGAUAUUGCAUCAGAUAAUACCUCUAUAGCAGAUUAUUCUCAUGAUGCAGAUGUGAUCCCCUGCUGCAACCCCCAACACUUGGCCUGCAGAUGUGAAUCAACUUAUUUUUGGAAAAAUGUUAAACAACUUCCAAGUUUGCAACCAUCUGUGUCCUCCCAGGAGAACUAGAAGUUAUGUGGACAAACUGCUACGAAAAUUACAACAUUCUAGGUUUGGAUUUUAUAUAAUAAUUUAUCUCAUUCUACACAAUUUAGCUCGACUCAUAUAACUGAAAUAUGGAACUAAAAUGUUUGGACGGCUAUUUGAUACACCUUGAUUAAGUCCAGAUCAGCUAGAAUCCAACAUCACAAUGUUAUGUCUCUUUGUACUCUUUGUGCAUCACAGAAAAGCAGAAGUGGGGAUGUCAGAGCAUAAGACAAAUAGUACAAAUUACAACAGAAAGGCAGGAAAGAACUAUAUUUUGGUAUAUUUUAACAGAAGCCAUGUGCAUUUCAUAAAGUCAGUUUAUAAUCCAAGUACCUCAGAGAAAGUUUGGCAUUCCAGGCAGCAAAUGUCAUCCAAAGUUAGACAAUGUUAAAUUCGAACAAUUAAGAGAGUUGUGAUUCUUUUGUAAUAAUACGAUGUGGUUAAUUUUUUUAUCAACCAUUUGCCAAUAUUACAUGUAACAGUUUCUUUUUACAGUCAUUCAGACUCAUAAUAUAUUUUGAUUUAAAAAAAAUAGCUCUCAUUGUUGAGCUCUCAACUC